CCUUCUCACUUUCCUUCACUUUUCGUAAUAAUAAUUAUGCAAUUUCACAAUUCAUCAAACAAACAUUUUAAUCUCAAUCACAAAAGAAGAGUUAUGGCUUUCAAUAACAAAUCCAAGAAAACCCAUUUCUCUUCUCAUUUCAAUCUUUGUAUUACUCUUUUCUUCAUUGUUCUUUUCACUAUUCCUGCUCUCUUCCUCCUCCAUACUCCUCCUUCUUCCAUUUGUAACACCCUUUCUACUUCCUCCCAUUCAAACCCUUGGUCUGGUGAUCUACGUACUGCAGAAUUUGCAUGGAAUCGUCUUUGGUUCACUGAAAUUCAUCAACCUCCUCCUCUCAAGCUCAAAAUUGCUGUUUUCUCUCGUAAAUGGCCUACUGGUACUACUCCUGGCGGUAUGGAACGUCAUGCCUAUACUCUUCACACUACUCUGGCUCGCCGGGGCCAUCAGAUCCAUGUCUUCACCUCUCCUCUAGAUGGAAAAAGCUCAUCGGCGCCUUCAUCUCUUUCUCCUCUGAUUCACUGCCAUGAAGGCGAGCCAGGUAAGUGGAGAUAUAACAAAGCUUGGGAGCGAUUCCAAGAAGAGAACCAACGCCAACCUUUCGAUGUUGUUCACUCAGAAAGUGUAGCUCUUCCUCAUUGGCUUGCUCGGGAUGUUCCAAAUCUUGCUGUUUCUUGGCAUGGUAUUGCCCUUGAGAGUUUACAAUCUGAUAUCUACCAAGACUUGACGAGAAAAUCCGACGAGCCCAUUUCGCCGGUGGCGAAUAGAAGUAUGCAAGGAGUUGUCCUCAAAGUUGUUAAUGAAAUAAGGUUCUUCAAGAACUAUGCUCAUCAUGUGGCCAUAAGUGAUAGCUGCGGGGAGAUGCUAAGGGAUGUGUACCAAAUCCCAAAAAAGAGAGUUCAUGUGAUUGUUAAUGGAGUAGAUGAGGAUGAUUUUAGAGAAGAUGUGAGAUUAGGCCAUGAGUUUAGGUCUAAAAUUGGUGUCCCACAAAAUGCUAGUUUAGUUCUUGGAGUUGCUGGAAGAUUGGUGAAGGAUAAAGGCCAUCCUCUACUCUUUGAAGCCUUUUCAAAGCUUAAAGCUAAGUACCCAAAUGUUUAUUUAAUAGUGGCAGGGUCUGGACCAUGGGAGCAAAGAUACAAGGAUUUAGGGGCACAAGUCCUAGUUUUAGGGUCUAUGAGUCCUUCAGAAUUAAGGGCAUUCUAUAAUUCUAUUGAUAUAUUUGUGAAUCCAACACUUAGACCACAAGGGCUUGAUCUUACUCUCAUGGAAGCGAUGAUGAGUGGAAAACCAGUAAUGGCAUCAAGAUUUCCAAGCAUCAAAGGAACCAUAAUUGUGGAUGAUGAGUUUGGUUACAUGUUUUCACCAAAUGUGGAGUCUUUGCUUGAGAGUCUAGAAAUGGUGGUCAUGCAAGGCUCAAAGAGAAUGGCACAGAGAGGAAAAGCUUGCAGAAAGUAUGCAGUUUCCAUGUUUACUGCUUGGAAGAUGGCUUUGGCAUAUGAAAGAUUGUUCCUUUGUAUUAAGAAUGAAACUUUCUGUGCUUAUCCUUAGGAUACAUAUAUAGAUUCUUCCUUUUUAAUUAUUUUUUAUUUGUUGUUCCAUUUCUAAUUUUUAUUUUUUUUAUUGGAAACCUUAUGAUUGUUUUUAACAUAAUCAUCAUGUAAUAAAUAUACAAAUCUUAUCA